AUGGCGAUGACCCUCCUUAUAAGCGAAUUUGCUUGGAUCAUGAUGAGUUACCAUCGUUGGUUGCUACGCGAGUUUCGUUCGGCAGAGACCAACAAGAGGCUCGAGGCGGAAGCCUUCGAUGAGCACCUUCAGUCUCUCCAAGACAAGUUAUGCCCAAAGAUGCAGAGCGAUUUACGACUCCUACGGCAAGCCCAGUGGGAAAAAGUAGACGAGGAAGAUGUAUCCACCCAGGAUGAAGAUAACGAGGAAACAACGGGCGAGAAGCGCACACGCAGGGCAAGCAGUGAGGCAGCUGAACCUACCUCUGGUAAGCGUCUACGCGGUGAGGAUACUGCGACGGGAAGCAUACCUCCCGAUAGUAUUGGCAACAUGCCAGCCUCUGUUAGCGCAGUUGGUCAUGCUGCCCCGCUUCAGCUGCAAAGUGAGCUUGCAAGAAUACAGCAGGAGAUCAACGGGCUUCGUGCAGAGAACGAGAAGCUUCGAGCCCAAGUAGUUGCGGGACAGCGCGAACAUAACCGUGCACAAUCGGAGGAGGCGGGCAGUGCCCUGGGGGCUGCAGGUGGCGAUAUCGAGCUCGGAGGCGUGGCCGGGAGCAUGCGUUCCGAGCUGCAAGAUCUCCGCGGCAAGAAGUCAGUCAUUUAUGGCGAUAUCUCCACAUUCCACAUAUUUAACAGCACCCCUAGAGCGCAGUAUGCCAACGUGCCCCCGAAUCCCCAGGCCAGCGCACAGGCGUCUAUCGACCAGGCAGAGCGGGAAUUGGCCGAGAUGCGCAAGACAAAGGACACGCUCAAGCACGAGCAUGACGAGAGGGACACAGAAGUUUGGCAGAGGGUCAUCAAGCUAGGUGCCACGCGAGACGAGGGCACUCAGCGCGAGGCUGCGCUGCGCGCGGAAGUCGCAAGUCUGCAAGAAACGGUCGCCGCGCUGCAGUCGAAGGUGAUUUCACUCAACAAGACGAUAGCGCUGAUUCGCACGGAGGCAGGAGAGGAAGAGGCGAGGCAGCUUGCCGAGUUUGCGAGCCUGCAAGAAGAGAACGCGAAACUGCGCAAUGAGCAAGCCGGACUAACCAAGAAGAUGUCUCUCCUCGUCUCUAGAAACACGGUUCUCCAGUCCGAGAUCUUUUCCUUGCGCUCGAGCUCGCAAACCACUGCGUUUGGCUCGGCUUGA